CCCUGCGACAAAACACGCGCUCACUCUCCUUCAGCAAGAACUCCCGCGGAGUUUGUAUGUUGUACACACAUGUGUCUGUGGCGGGAGAUGUCGAACAGAGGGACAUAGAGGCGAUAUCGUUGUUUUGAUACUUUAAAUAGUGUACAAAUAAAGUAGGAUAGAAGAACGAGCUGUGUCUAGUUGUGGAGGACGACACAACGAUGGAAGAUUUCGGGAUCUAUGCUGUUUUGGGAGUGAACGGUCCUCCUCAGAGGCUGCUGAGUGCUGCAGGUUCGUGCAGGGUGUGUGUAGCAGUCCCCGCGGGUGUCCACCAGGUGGUGCUGUUCAGCAGCGGGCCGUGGGGGGAGCGGAUCUGCGUCAACGCGGAGCUCAACGAUGCGGACCGGUUCCCCAUCACUAUCGGGAAACUCACCCCCUAUAACAAGUGUCUGUCAUGGGAGCAGUGGGAGGAGGAGACGUGGACAGACAGCGUCACACUGAAUGUCACUCUGGAGGGAGGAAACCUGGUAAAAGCAGAUGGGUCUGUGAAGGAAUACACACCAAAGGACACUGUGGCUCCCCUCGCAGCCCGGGAGCUCAACGGCAAGAGGAAGAGAGAGCGAAUAUCUGAGGAAGACGGUGACGAGAAUAAGAAGACAACGAGAGGGGAAGAGGAGAACGUGUGUCCGAAUGGCACCGUGGAGAAGACCACACCUGUGCGAAAGGCCAGAGGUCAAACUAAAGGCAUCCAGAAGCUGUUCAGUAGUGGAGCAGAUGCAACUAAGAUGAAGGGAACAGCUAAUGGAGCAGGAGAGGUGCAGGGGAUUGUGGGAAGAACGCCUCCUCAGAGUGCAGCCAGGACGAAGAGUAGGUCGGCCAAGACUCCCACUCAGACCGCCCCGCUGGUCAGCCCGUCAGGUCGCUGGGGUCAGACUCUGUGUGCCAUCGAUGCUCAGACAGCUAUUCUGAUUGGAGGGCAGGGAGCCAGGAUGCAGUUCUGCAAAGACCCCAUGUGGAAGCUCUGCACAGAGGACAUGUCCUGGUUUGCGGCGGAGACUCUGGCAGAGGGUCCAACACCCGAGGCCAGGAUCGGCCACACAGCCGUCUACGACCCGGACUCCAGGCGCAUCUUUGUGUUCGGAGGCUCAAAGAACAAGAAGUGGUUCAACGACGUUCACAUCCUGGACACGCAGAGCUGGAAGUGGACCAUGGUGGAGGCUCAAGGUAAGGUUCCUCCUCUGGCCUACCACAGCUGCAGCAUGUUUCGAGGCGAGCUGUUCGUGCUGGGAGGAGUGUUUCCGUGUCCAAACCCGGAGCCCGACGGCUGCAGUGACUCACUGUACAUCUUCGACCCCCACCUCUCCAUCUGGUACCAGCCCAUUGUAACCGGCGACAAGCCCUCCCCCCGCUCAGGCCACUCUGCAUGUGUGAUGCAGCAGAGGAAGAUCUAUGUAUUUGGUGGGUGGGACACUCCCGUCUGCUACAAUGACAUGUACAUGUUGGACCUCGGUCUGAUGGAGUUUUCUGUUGUGAAAACAACUGGGAAAGCCCCCUCCCCUCGAAGCUGGCAUGGCAGCGCUGUGCUCUCAGACACAAAGUUCCUGAUCCACGGAGGUUACAACGGAAACAACGCUCUCAGUGACACCUUCAUCUUUGAUAUAGACACCAACAGCUGGACAGAGGUGACGCUCCCUCAGCUGUCCGUGCCCAGGGCAGGGCACUCCAUCAUCACCAUGGAGACGGCCGAUCACCGCCGUUUCUCAGGGGAGGAAGAAGACGCGGAUAUUACGGACGUGGGCUCCGUCAGCAGAACCCUGCUGGUGUUCGGAGGCGGAGACAACGAGGGCAACUUCUACUCCGACCUGACGACUGUCGCCGUGGAGGAUCUGCUCGGCGCUAUUUAAAGAGAGUGAGUCAGAGGUGAAUCCUCACUCCCCGACCGGAUGUGAAGCUAUUUUAACACCCCCACAGAUCCUUUAUUAUUUAUAUUCCUAUAGUUUGUCUUUGUUUCCUUUUUGUCGUGUGAGCCCUCUCUUCUUUCUAUUAUGCUUUUUUUUUUAAAGAUGUUGAUAUUGGAAAGUGCUCAGUUUGGGCAUUUAUUAAAUACAGAUCUGAAAAGUUGAACUUCAUUUCCAUGUAGUGCAUAACAGGAAUAUGAGAGCUACUUUUUAACAAACUUCUCCUCUCGUGGUUCCAUAUUAAUAAAAAAAAAGAUCUUGGUUUAAAUCAUCAAACAUUUCAGAUUAUUUUAGUGAUCAAGGACAUUACUCAAAUUUGUAUGUACAUAGUUUGAAGCUUUUCAACUUCUUCCUCAGGUAAAAUGUAUAUAUUGUUUCUUUUAGUAAUGAAUAAUUUGUGUUUUCAGAAGCCCUGAUAUUUGGAAUAUGUUGCCUCUGUAUAGCUGUAAGUGCAUUAACUAUAUGUGAUGCUUCAAAUCACUUUACUGUCAUCAUUUCCAAAAUCUCAAUUCAUGUUCCUGUGCUGUUCAUUUGCACUUCUGUCUUUACUUAAUAAACAUUUGGUUUUCUACACUUUA